AUGAAAGAUUUGUUAGAUACUCUAUUGGAAACAGGAGCUAAUAUAAAUGCCAAUGGAAAAUGGCACACACCACUGACAGCGUUAUGUGAACAUGGAGCUUACAUCAUUGUGAAAUACCUGCUUCAGCAAGGAGCGGAUCCAAAUAUUCUCUGUGGAAUCAGCAAUACUCCGUUGACAUCUGCAUGUCGGUCGGGAUGUCCUAAUACAGUAAAUGAAAUAUUGCAGGCCGGUGCUGAUAUCAAUCCAGAAAAUGCGUUAUUCAAACCGCUCAUAGUUGCGUGUAAGUAUGGUUACACAAGUAUCGUUGAGACGCUGUUAAAUGUUGGGUGCAAUGUAAACAUGCAGCAUAGACAAUCAACGCCUUUGUCUGUUGCCUGUCAAAAUGGACAUGUAAAUGUCGUAGAAUAUUUACUCAGAGAAGGCGCUGAAGUAAAUUUACCAGCAUACUGGACACCUUGUUUUUCUCUUUCUACUACACCAUUGAUCGAAGCAAGUUCGGAAGGCAAUUUAAAAGUAGUUCAGACAUUGUUGAAAUGGGGUGCCAAAGUAAAUGAAGACCAUGUUUUAUCAGCCGCGGCUGAAGGCUGCCAUCUUAACGUAAUUAAAGAGUUAUUGGAGGCAGGUCUUGAUAUUGAUACCGAGGAUGGACACCGUGCACUUCAAGUGGCUUGUUCUAACGGUCAUGUAGAUUUGAUUAAAGAGCUUUUAUCGAGAUUUUCUGGCAUUACCUGUAAUAACAAAUGCAAUGAAUUACUCAUACAUGCCUGUAAAGUGGGACAUUUAAAUUUGGUAAAGGAACUUUUAGCAGCUGGUGCAGAUUGCAAUGCGCAGGACGACUACACCUCACCCCUAGUUGCUGCAUGUAAAUACGGGGAUCUUGAAGUUGUGCGAGAGCUGAUCAAAUUUGGAGCUGACGUAAAUUUAAAUAAUCUUAAUUCUGUCGACCAUUCAGCUCCUCUUACUGUCACCUGCGAAUCAGGACACGUCGAAUUGCUGCAAGAGCUGAUUGUCUGGAGCAGACGUGAAUUUGAAGGACAAUGCCUCAAUGUAAAUCAGAACAUCCAAAUUUAUGCUGAUUGCAAGUCGGAAGAGGAUUUAGAAUGUAAACCUUUAUUGUAUAGAAUAAUUUAUUCAUCUGCGUAUGAAAUGGUCCAAAAGGUGGAACUUCUUCUUGACGCGGAAGCAGACGUCAAUAUAAGAGUGCGACAGACAAUGGAUGUCAUGGCUUUCAACACAGAGGACUGUAAUCCUAUCCGACAGGUUGAUGUGAAAGCUGAUGAUAAAGACGAUAUCAUUACAGAAAGUAACAAAACAUGGGUCUUAAAUACAUCGUCAGAAUCAUAUCACACUGUGUCCGAAGAUGGAUGUGAAUUUCUUAAUCAAAAGCUGUCUUUAGGUUUUAAUGUAAACCAGUACGUACAGAUUUGUUUUGAUGAUGACCAUGAUGCCCAAUAUGCAGACGAUGAUGCAGGUGAUGAUGAUGACGAUGAUUUUUAUAUAUGUGUAAAACCUCUCCUUUUUACCUUAAUAUCUAUCUAUUCAGUUGAGGUGUCUGAAAAAGUAAGAUUAUUACUUGAUGCUGGAGCAAACGUCAACAUCCGAUUGCCCCAAACAAAGGACACCAUUGCUUUCAACAGUGAAGACUGCCAUCCUGUUCUAGACAGAUAUGGCAUAUCUCUUCUUGAAAUGACAAGGCGAACAAAGUUAACAGGAAAUCGUUUACCUCCAUCUGCUUGCGUCGAUAGAGAAACAGUUGCCCGGGAUUAUAAUGAUGUCGUCUCAAUUAAAGAGGCGUAUUAG